AUGCCAAACCGUCACGUGGGCUCGGCUGAGGCUCACGACUCGAGGGUCUGGCCACAGUCUGGAGGGCACGGGGAAGCCAAGGCACGCAAGGCUUGCAUCAAUUGCCGAAGGCAAAAGAUGAAAUGUAUCUCAGACAAUGGGAGUAAAUGUCGCCGUUGUCAGCGUAACGACGUUGCCUGUAUUUAUGUACCGCGCGCCAAUGCGGCAGUCCUGCCUGGCACCUCGAUAGAUCUGGCAAACGCCGGAUCUUUCAAUGAUGUCCUCCAAAGACUGAAGACUAUUGAGGAGUACUUGGGGUUUACAAGAUCUCAAGAACCUGAGCAAAUGGACACUGGCCUUGCCUCUGAUGAGAGUAGCGAUGAGGCAGAACCUGCGAGCAGCGCACUGGCCAUUCUUUGGACCGCUCUUGAACCUUUGAAACGGCUAUGUCCUAAACCUUCCGGGUCCAACAUAUGGCGGAGAAGCACAGUGAAGCAUCUGUGGUCAACGUUCCACGAAAAGAUGCCUGGUUUGCACUUUAUGCCAGAUAAGCAGACCUUUUCAUCACCUCACCCUUUGCUCUUGGCAUCUAUACUCCACUGCUCCAGUAAGCGAGGAGAGCCAGACAUGGCCCAAAUGGCACCCGAAUAUUUCGAGGUUUUAUGUACUGCCAUUGCGCAGUUUGCGAUGCCAGACAGCGAAAUCGGGAGACCGCCAGAGGAUCCUGCCGCGGCUGAGGAAUGGGCGUUCCAGACAGUGCUAGGUAUCGUCUUGGCUGGUCUUUUGACCGAAGCCAGUACCCGUGAGACCGGAAUCUGGAUAUCCAUCGCCUACCGGUUGAUCCUUGAGCACUGCCCUCGACAAGACGACACGCGGUCUGGAGGCUGGCGAAGAAGCCUUCCCACAAUAUGGUCUUGCUUUAAAUCUGACCUGCCCGAAAUGGGUAACUCGACAAUUCCCUUCACCGCCGUCGACGGGGCAAUCAUCCGUGACUGGGCAAGGCAGCUCGAUGAUUGGCUCGCUGAGUUUACCAAAGCUCUACAAGAUACUGAACAAGAUAGAGGCACUACACCCAAGGAACGACAUGAACUGCUACUUUCCGCACGGGCUGCACUGAAGCUUCAUCUGAACGAUAGUACAAUUUGGUCCAAUUGGGACCUUGUGAUGAUCACAUGGGCAGCACUCAUCGUGAUACAAGGCCUUGAGGGGGGAGCCGGCGAGCCUGAUGAUCUUAACGACAUAAAUACACAUGUGAAGAUGCUUCGGCAAACCAACGAGCCAAAACCGAGCCUUCGCGAUAAGCUGGCCACGCGUUUGGAGCGAAGCCUCGAGAGUAUCCAUAUACCCAGCCCAUCCGCCAUACAAGCAUCGAUGGAGUCAACUUCACCCGUAAUCUCGUAUCCAAACUACCCCUGGAACAUAUUCGACCAGACGAGCCUCCAACAGGUGGAGUACCCUAUGUGGCUGCCUGAUUCCUCACAAAUGCAGCCGGCGCAGUCAUGA